AUGAGCUGUUGUGGUUUCUCUCGUCGUUCCAAUACUGAGCCGGAAGACGAUGAGAGCAUCAAUGAGGACCAAGCGCAGCCCACGCAAUCAAAGCGUCCUGGCGAUACCAAGCGCAUCAUCCUUACCAUCGAAGGUCUCAAGUGUGGAUGUUGCGGUGACAGCGGGAUCUCGCGUGCACUCGAUCAAAUUCCUGGUGUGGAGAACCACCAAGUCAAUGUUGUUCUUGCCAGGGCCGAAUUCGAUCUAGAUGUUCGGACGACGACUGUCGGACUGGUUAGGAGGAAGCUUACCGCGGCCACGGGAUACACUUUCAAGCAGUACUUUCAGCCGGAUGGGCAGGUCCUUGAAUUUGUUGUUGAUGAUCCAAGCGAAAUAAUUCAGGUACGUCAGAGUACCACGGGUCAUGCACUGCUCGCUCUGAAGAAAUACCGAAUCGAUGUUGAAUCGGCGAUGGGGAUCCAGUCUACUGUUCCGAAAACUGCAGGAAGACCUUACGGCGUAGACUUUGUAGAACGAAACGGCAAAUCAACCUGGACUCCUCGCGUUUUCAGUGGACGCAAUAGUGCAGUACCUCCAAACAGUCGAAUACCCUCGCCAUCGCCAUCUCAAAAAGGACCGACUUUUAACGAAGCCGGAGUAUCACCAACAAUUAAACGAAAGACAGGACUGUUGCAGUCACAGCAUACGGUACGUGUUCACUACAACUCAAGAAAAAUCGGGGCGCGGGACGUUUUACAUUACUACGAGCAAUACGCACAGAAGAAAAUCUGCCUCGCCCCACCUGCACCGCAUCCUAGUCUUGCAGUUGGGUCGAGACAGACACAGCGCGCCUGCUUGAUAUUCUUAAUUGCUGCAGUUUUCUCUAUUGCAGUGGUCGUUUUCGCGUGGAGCCCAGUCGACCACGGAAAUCUCAUCUACGCGCACCUUUCCCUAGUGUUUGCAAGCGUCGUCCAGGCCAUCGCAAUAUGGGAAUUCGUCCCUGGUGAGCCGGCCUCCGUAUCGUGUGUCUCGAAUGCCCCAUAG